AUGACCAAGGCUCCCUUCUCAGUGGAAUGGCUUUCCCAGAGCAGCAGGCACGCCCGGAGCAGGCCAGAAGCCAAAGAGGCCGCCCCGUCCGAGGGCGGCCAGGCCCAGCAGGGCAAUUCACCGGCCAGGGAGAAGAGCCCGAGUGAGGGCAAGCUGGUCCCCGGUGCGCAGGAGCCGCCUCCGGGGCCUCUCCCUCCGCUCCAGAAGAACAGGUCUCCCACGCCUUCCUCGUCCACAGACAAGGAUCGGGCUGCAACGGGGAAGGAGGCCCGGGGAGGGACCGUCGGCGGCACUGGGAGCCUCAGACGGAGGGGGCGCAGGGCUGGCUCAGACUGGGCCCCGGUGUGUAGUGUUUUGAAUCAGGCGGUAGACCGAGAAUGCGAUGCAGCGAGCGGCGGUUGGGUGCUCCCACUCAGCCGUAGGGGAGACCGCUGCCAUUCCUCCCAGGACGAUGGGAUUCCAGUCCAGAGUACGGGGGAGCCCCAAGUUGGAGCCGCCCGGAUGGCCAAGUGGAACAGUCGUGUUUUAAGCAGCAAAGAGAGGCGAGCGAUGUGCUCCAGCCUUCGAGCCUUGCCUCCCUCCAGAGAGGGCGGGCGAGCGAGCGAGCGAGCCUGCUCUCUCGCUGCUGCUUUGCCUGCUUCCAAAAGGGCGUGGAGCACUACGGAGUGCGGGUCCGACGGCGAAGGAAGCUUCUCCGAGUGCCAGACUCCAGAGGACGGCGGAGGCCGAAACGCGAAUAGCCGCCGUUUGCGCACCGCUUUCAGUUUGGAACAGAUCAGCACCCUGGAGAGUUCCUUUAAGCGUCACAAGUACUUGGGAGCAGCGGAAAGGCGCAAACUGGCCAGCAAAAUGCAACUCUCUGAAGUACAGAUCAAGACAUGGUUCCAGAACCGUCGGAUGAAGCUGAAACGUCAGCUGCAGGAGAUGAGGCCAGAGCCCUCCUUCCAUGGCGUACCAUUUUAUGGCCACCUCCCUUUUGGACCUCAAAGUGGUCCCUUGUCCUAUGUUUAUUCACCACACCAACAGACUUUCAGUAGGAGGGAAUCUUCUGCUAUUCCUUCUGGCAUUCCUUUCCCUCCAAUGCCACCUCCCAGCCUGGAUCCCAGAAACACCUCUGGAGGACAGCCAGGUGCUAUCUGGCCAAUGCCUAUUCCCUACUUUGUGGGAUACCAAGACCCAAGAACAGUGUUCAUGACUCUCUGA